AGUUGCAAGCCUGAGUUGUUAGGGUCUAUUGCCCAGCGAUGAGCACCUCACCAGUCUCCUCGGCCUCUCUGGCCAUCUUCCUCUUCAUCCUACUCCCAACCUUCUCCUCGGCCACUUCAUGCCCGUCCGAGCUUCAAUGCAACAGUACCGAACCCAUCGAGAUCAGACCUCCUUUCUUCGUUGGUACUCCGGGUCUCGACCCAGCCUGUAGGAAAUCCAUUAACGUCAGCUGCGGCCAACUGGGUCCGGAGCUGGAUCUCACUGUUAACAGCCAACUACUGCUGAAAGAAAUUCAGUACGAGUCCCAUACCGUGGUAGUCCAGGAUGUGCAGCUCAGCGUCAGCAACAACUUGUCCUGCAGUUUCAUCUUCAACUUCAUGCCGCCUGUGGACAACUUCAAGAGAAGUUACCCAGACUUGGUGACGUGGUUCUCAUCGAUCAGCUGCGCCCACAGCAACAUCACAGUUUUCCACAGCAUCUUUGGGGUUGACAAGGAGGUUCACCAAAGCAUAGAGCCGGAUGAGCGCAGUCUUGCUUCAUGCCAUGCCUCUCCGCGGUUCGAAUGGAUCCUGAGCUUCAGUGAGGUUGGCAGUGCUGGGCAAAUCCCCCUGGUCAAUUUCUCAGUGCAAUCGGGAAGCAUAAGGAAGUACCUUUUGUCGCUUUCAGAUUGCGUUUCACCUUCCCCUGGAGAUGGAGAUCACAGCAAGAACAAUAGUUUGCUCAUGGCAGUGUUCAUAUCUGCAAGUUCUGGGGUGCUUUUAGGAUGUUUUCUUGCAGUGCUGAAGCCACUUUGGACAAAAUUAUCCCUUGUCCAGAGAAAGAAUUGUGAAACCAAAGCAAAUAUUGAAUUGAUACUAUCCAGAUAUGGGAUAAGACCCAAAAGAUACAGGUACGCUGACCUGAAAAGGAUAACAAGGUCUUUCAGUGAAAAACUAGGGGAAGGAGGAUAUGGCAUGGUUUUCAAAGGUGAGCUUAAGGAUGGACGCCCUGUUGCUGUCAAGCUACUUCAUAACUCGAGAGGCGAUGGAGAGGAAUUUGUUAACGAGGUUGUAAGCAUUGUCAACACCUCUCAUGUUAACAUAGUUUGCCUACUUGGAUUUUGUAUAGAAGGAUCAAGGCGAGGUCUCAUAUAUGAGUACAUGACUAAUGGAUCAUUGGAGCGGUAUAUCUAUUCUGAAAAUCCAAAAUCAACUUUAGGGUGGGAAAAAUUAUAUGACAUUGCAAUUGGCAUUGCACGUGGACUAGAAUAUUUGCACAGAGGGUGCAAUAGGCGCAUCAUCCAUUUUGAUGUCAAGCCUCACAAUAUCCUUUUAGAUGAGAAUUAUUGUCCAAAAAUUGCUGAUUUUGGCCUGGCCAAACUCUGUAACAUCAAGGAGAGUGUUGUUUCAUCAAUGGCUGGCGCGCGAGGAACCAUUGGCUUCAUUGCUCCUGAAGUGUUCUCUAGAAGUUUUGGUGUUGUAUCAACCAAGUCAGACAUCUACAGCUUUGGAAUGGCGCUUUUGGAGAUGGUUGGGGGGAGAAGAAAUGUGCAAACAAAUCCUGAAAAUUCUAGCCAAAUUUAUUUCCCGGAAUGGCUUCAUGGUCACAUAUCUAAUGGGGGUACACUUGAAACCUUUGAAGUGACAAGCACAACCGAGGAGAUGGCAACAAAGAUGGCUUUGGUUGGUUUGUGGUGCAUACAAAUGAUGCCAGAAGCUCGGCCUUCUAUCACCAAGUUCAUAGACAUGCUAGAGAAGAGUGUUACUGAAUUAGAAAUUCCACCAAUGCAAUUCUUAUCUUGCCCCCCAGAACCAUCAAUCCAUUCGCUUAAUACAACUUCAGGAGAAGAUACUCAGAAUUUAAGUUAACUCACUUCAACACAUGAGAGAAAACGGUCUCCUUGUUAGUACUACUACUGUACCUCGAUGCCUGUGGCCCUGUAUAGAUAGGAAAUGAGGAAAUUUAAGUUUGGGUGUUAGAGUAUAUUUGGUAGUUUAGAUAUUGUAUCCGGACUGCCAUACAUAUCCGGUAGGGUUGCCUUGCACCCCAAGUCUUGUACUCUUAUAUAUACCGGCCGAGACCUCAAGCUAAUCCAAUCCAUCCAUUACACCAAUUCUAUCCCUUCUACAUGGUAUCACGAGAUUAGGGUUUGAGAUCCUAGGCUAAUCUUCCGCUGCCCUUCUCGCACCCCGCCCUCCGCGCGCCGCCGGCCGUCCUCCACGGCGCACCUCCAAAGCGCCCCCUCAACGGCCUCCUAGCGCGCCCCCGGGGAGGUCGCUCAUGACCUCCGCCGGGGGCAGCGCCCCUCUCCGCGGCGGAUCAGUUUAAUCCGCCGCCAGAUCGCGUCAAGCAGCAGCAGAUUGGGAAGUAUCUCGUCAUCCGCAGGGAAUCAUCGACGACACCACCGUCCCGCGCUGCCGUGGUGGCAGUCGCGGCCUCCUGCAGCACCCGCCUCCGACCCGUGCUGCCACGGCAGCAGGGGCUGCCGAGUGCUACUUACGCUCGUCGCCGACGAACCCCCCUGGCGGCGUCCAGCUUCACCUCGUCCCUCCGCCGUCGGGCGCCGCUGCCUCGCCGUCCGCCCUAGCGGGAUCCGCCGCCGGGCGCCACCGCCUCCUGGCGGGAUCCAUCGCUGGCCGCCGCCGCCUCUGGGCGGGGUCCACCGCCGCUCCACGGAUCCAGGCGGGGAUCUGCUCGAUCCGGCGGGAUCCGUCACCGCGCCAAGCGGGAACCGCCUUGGUGUGGCUCCGCCCCGCCUUGCCUUCGCCCCCGGACCGGAUCCGCCCCGCUUCUCCACAUCGCCGCACGCUCAGCCCUUUUCUUUGUCUUCUCCCUCUCUCCCAUGGCCUUCUUGACCGUGGACGUGAGAGGUGGCA